UUCUUUCUUUCUUCUUUCUUGUGUGUGUUGUCUGCCACAGUGUGCUUACCAAGGCUCACUUGGAAUUCUUUUAAAGAAAAUUUUUGUUUUAUGUUUAUGGGUUUUUGUCUCCAUGCAUGUCUGUGCACGUGUGUACAGUGCCUGGGGAGGCAAGAAGACAGUGUUGGAUCCCCUGGAACUGACUGGCCAUGGGUCGCCAUGUGGGUGCUGGGAAUUGAACUCCAGCCCUCUGCAGGAGCUACAAACUCUUAACUGCAGAGCCAUCUCUCCAGCCCUCCACUUGGAAUCCUUCACAGACCUUCACACCACAAAGAAGGAAACAACUCAGACAACAGAGUACCUUGAAUAGGAAGGGUCUUUCUGGAUUACCCAGCUGGGCCCUAAGCUAUGGCAAUGAAAAACAUCCUUUCUUAGGUAAGUGACAUCUCUGAAAGUUCCUGUUACAUUUCUUUAGUCUUCGCUCACUGGGCAUUCUCUCAGGCUCACUCUGUCUCUUUCAGUGAAUGCCAUCUUUCCCAUCUGAGGGCUAAGGAGUGUUUUCCCAUUUCUGACAUUCAGAGAAGGUUACGGUUUCCUUCAGCAACAGGGGUGUGGGUCAAAGGCCUCCAUUGGGUUGGGAGUGCUCUCAGAAUUAGCUUGUUAUUCCAAUAGCUAUUUUCUUUUGGGAUUAGCACUGUUUUAGAAAAGCGCUUACAAAUUCUUGCCAGGACUAGGGAAGAAGCCUGCUAGCUAGCACCCACAAGGCCCAGCACUGGGAGAAAGGGUGUUUUCCAGGAAUGGAAAGAAUGCUAAGGACUAAUUCUGAGGGUGGGAAAGGCAGAAGGCAGCCUUGGGGGUAAUGUCUGGAAGUCCCACCUAAAGAAAAGGGCAAAAGGUUUCGAGCAGUGGGUUUCUGAGCCCAGCUGCAUUCAUUCUUAGUUGAAGGGUGUGAGGAGCACGCCAGACCCAGGCCCAACAGCAGGGAGUUUAGGCACAAAGGAAAGGAAGCCACUUCCUCCCUGCUUCUUCCUCCCCCACUUUCCUACUUCCACUGUCUGAGAAUCAGCUCUUUAGGGAAUUGAACUGCUGUGAUGUGUUCCAGGGAGAGAACUCUGAGGGCCAUGGGGAUCCACCUUCAGGUAAAAGCUCCAUAACCUUCUGGUCCUCAAUUCUGUGUUCCUGUCUUCUGCUCUGGCUUUUCCCCACCCACCUUCUGCCUCUGGGUGUCUCUGUCUGAUAACUCACUUUUUGUCCAUAUUCUCAACCCCUUUCUUGAAGGAAACUGCUUUUGUUCCCAGCUCUUUGCUCUUAGCCCCUGGGUGAGUGGAACAAAGCUUGUCUGAGAAAUCCUGAAACAGCAGGAAGAUGUGCCAGUGUGCCUCAAUGGGAGUCAGCAGCAGCUGAAGUUCUCAGCAUCUUCCUCAGCCUCCUCCUCAGCUUCCUCCUCAGCAUUCACCUCAGCAUCCUCCUCAGCAUCCUCCUCAGCCUCCUCUUCAGACUCCUCCUCAGCAUCCUCCUCAGCCUCCUCCUCAGACUCCUCCUCAGCAUCCUCCUCAGCAUCCUCCUCAGACUCCUCCUCAGCAUUCACCUCAGCCUCCUCCUCAGCAUUCACCUCAGAUUCCUCCUCAGCAUUCACCUCAGCAUCCUCCUCAGCCUCCUCCUCAGGCUCCUCCUCAGCAUUCACCUCAGCCUCCUAAGCAUUCACCUCAACAUUCUCCUCAGCUUCCUCCUCAGCAUUCACCUCAGCAUCCUCCUCAGCCUCCUCCUCAGCUUCCUCCUCAGCUUCCUUCUCAGCAUUUCACCUCAGCAUCCUCCUCAGCCUCCUCCUCAGGCUCCUCCUCAGCAUUCACCUCAGCAUUCACCUCAGACUCCUCCUCAGCUUCCUCCUUAGGCUCCUUCUCUGCAGCAAGCAGACCGCUCUUCAUUCUUACUGCUGCAGACUUUGUUUCCAGUUAGCUACCCCUCUCCGGCUCCUUUGUUUUCUAGUCUGGCUGUGUGGAAAUGAGAGGUGACAAUGGCACAGAAGUGACUGAGUUCAUUUUAUUGGGGUUCUCAGGCUUUGGCUCUCUCCAGGGCCAUCUGUUCUGGGGUGUGCUGUGUAUCUAUGUGGUUACCUUGCUGGGCAACGCUCUGAUCAUCCUCCUCACAGUGGCAGACUCUACCCUCCACUCCCCCAUGUACUUCUUCCUGCGUCACUUCUCCCUGGUGGAGAUCCUCUACACCACUACCAUUGUGCCUAGGAUGUUGGCUGACCUCCGGUCUUCUCGCCCCACAAUUCCCCUUGCCAGCUGCUUCAUUCAGCUGUAUUUCUUUGCCCUUUUUGGCAUUGCUGAAUGCUGCUUGCUCACUGCCAUGGCCUAUGACCGAUAUGUUGCCAUCUGCUGCCCCCUGCACUAUAUCACCCUGAUGAACCAGGGUGUGUGUACCAGCAUGGUGGGGGCCUCUUAUCUCGUGGGCAUCAUCACUGGCACCACUCACUCUGUCUUCAUCUUCACUUUGCCCUUCCGUGGUGCCAACACCAUCCGCCACUUUCUCUGUGACAUCCUGCCUGUGCUGAGACUGGCUAGUGCGAGCACCUUCUGGGGUGAGGUGGGGAAUCUCGUCAUCACGGUAGCUUUUAUCUUCACGCCCUUCUCACUGAUCGUGGCCUCUUAUGCCCGUAUUCUUGCCACCAUCCUUGGUGUUGCCACGUCCCAGGAACGACAAAAGGUCUUUUCUACCUGCUCCUCCCAUUUGUUUGUGGUCAUACUCUUUUUUGGGACUGGGACUGUUGCCUAUAUGAGGCCUCAGGCAGAUUCCCUUGGGGAUACAGACCAGAUUCUCACCAUGUUCUACACGGUGGUCACCCCCAUGCUCAACCCUUUUGUUUAUACUCUGAGGAACAAGGAGGUCACAGGAGCCAUGAGGCGGCUCAUAAAGAGAUACCUUUGGGGUCCUUGACCACACUCUACCUUCUUCCCAAGAUCCUUGAGCUAGGAGCCUGAUCCGUGGACAUUCACAAGGAAGAAGGAAAGCUGAGCCCCGCCCCAGGGUGUAGCCUGUGCGCUGGUGUGUUUCACCCCAUGUGGACAUCCAAGGCACAGACAUACUGUUCAGAGCUGUGCUCUGGAGCCUGGUCUUCAUCCUCGACUGUGCUUCACCAUGAGAGCGGAGCCGAGCGAACACGCCCUGGAAAAGAGUUCACGGGGAAGGCAGCCGAGAUGACCCUGUGUGGUGAUGUAAUUCCUGGUCAUGGCUGAGGCUUCUCUGCCCUCCUGGGGCUCUGCUCUUGAGACAUCUAUUUCCUGCUUCUCCCUGUGAGCCCUUAUUGUAAGUCUUUCUCCCUGACAUCAUUUCUGGGAAGGGACGAGGACUGAGUCUAGCUUGGUAUUGCUGUAGGCUUGGUCUAUCCAGCCACGUGUCUCCUGACUGUCCCUAUCUCCCGGGACCCUCCUAAGACGCUGGUAUUCUGCACUUGACUUCCUCCCCAGCUGUCCUGAAAGACAUGCUUUCACCCCCUCCCCUGCUCAGGCAGAGCACACCUCUCUCCAUGCCCCAGACUCUGGUCUCAAGUCUGACAUGGCCGAGACUCUUGGAAUGACACUGCUUUCUCGAAACAAACUAGUCACUCUUCUCACUUGGUGGCCACCUUGGCCGUUGGUUGGAAGGCUCUAAGGCAUCUCCUUUUCCUUAGAAAGCAGUUCCUCAUUGUUCACGAGCGCUUCUUCUGCUAUUAGUCACGGCAGCAGCAGCAGAGGCAGGGAAAGUGUGCUCAAGGAACCGUACGUGAAUGUCUGGGAACUGCUGAGUUUCUUUUCAGGUUUAUAAGAAGUAACACUGCUAGCUGCAAGAAAUUUAU